AUCCCCGCUGCUGCUUCUCUGGGUAUGUGCCAGGCAGGGUGCCCGUUCUAACAUCCCUCACCAUUCCUCCUGGGCAGGCAGCAGGAUCUUCAGCGAGACACCAUGCCGGGGAGCGACACAGGGAUAGCCGUGGACCGGACUUACUCGGAUCCUGAGAGGCACCAGAGGACCAAGACCAGGGUGGACAGGUCUGAUAUGAACACCCUCAGCUUGCCACUGAACAUCAGACGUGGAGGAUCUGACACCAACCUUAACUUCGAUAUACCUGAUGGCAUUCUAGACUUCCACAAAGUCAAGUUCUCUGCUGACAGUCUGAAGCAGAAAAUUCUGAAAGUCACAGAACAGAUCAAAAUUGAACAAAGUGCCCGUGAUGGCAAUGUGGCAGAAUACUUGAAACUGGUGAAUAGCGCUGAUAAACAACAGGCAAGUCGAAUCAAACAAGUCUUUGAAAAGAAGAACCAGAAAUCUGCUCAUUCUAUAGCGCAGCUGCAGAAAAAACUAGAACAGUAUCAUAAAAAGUUAAAGGAGCUAGAGCAAAAUGGCCCUGCCACCAAAAGUACCAAGGAUAUUUCCAAAGAUAACCUGAAAGAUCUACAACACUCUUUAAAAGAUGUCACCAGCGGUUCUCGGCCUGCUGCACCAGUGGAGUCCUGUAAAGCGGGUAUGCCGGGGGUGUCCUUGACUCCGCCAAUGUUUGUAUUUAACAAGUCAAGGGAGUUUGCCAACCUCAUUAGAAAUAAGUUUGGAAGUGCCGAUAACAUUGCUCAGCUAAAGAAUUCUCUCGAUGACUUUCACCCAGAAAACAGUUCCAGAAAUCUCAGUGGUAGUGCCACAAUAGUGACCAAAGGCAAGUAUGUAAGCGAUGAUGAGUGUUCUAGCGGGACAUCUGGUUCAGCAGACAGCAAUGGAAACCAGCCGUUUGAUGCUGGCCGGACAAGUGCCAAUGAUGGUCACGAUCUUGCGGUCUUUCUGGAUGAGCUGAGAGAAAUACGAGAUGCUCAGUCUCAGCUGGCAGAAGACAUUCAGACACUGAAAGUGCAGUUUAAAAGGGACUGUGCUAUUAUUUCACAGACAUUACAAGAUGAGAAAUACAGGUUUGAAAGGCUUGAAGACCAACUGAAUGAUCUGACUGACCUCCACCAGCAUGAGACCACCAACUUGAAGCAGGAUCUGGCGAGCAUUGAAGAAAAGGUUGCCUACCAGGCUUAUGAAAGAUCCAGGGAUAUUCAGGAGGCUUUGGAAUCCUGUCAGACUCGUGUAUCUAAAUUGGAGCUUCACCAGCAGGAGCAGCUAUCUGUACAGUCUGAAUCUGUGAACGCCAAAAUCCUCCUGGGGAAGUGCAUAAACAUACUCUUGGCCUUAAUCACUGUUGUCCUGGUCUGUGUGUCAACCAUUGCAAAGUUUACAGCUCCAAUGAUGAAGAGCCGUUUCCACAUUUUCUGCACUUUUUUUGCAGUGACAUUUUUUGCAAUUCUUUAUAAAAACUGGGAUCACAUAGGAUGUGCCCUUGAACGGAUCAUCCUACCGAGAUGAAUGCUCAUACUUGUGUGCACCAUUAUUUCCUUGCAUUACAAAUUGACUAUGUGGACAUUUUUGCCAGUUUCCAAACUAUUUUACCAUUUGAUUUAUUUUAUUUUUUUACUUUUAACUAAUUUUGGCAUGCGCACUUUCAAAUUUUGCCUUAAACGUGCAUAUCUGGAUUUCCUUCCUUAAAGUGACAGUUCCCGAAGGGGAAUCUGGUAUUGGGAAUGAGAAAGAAAAGUCUCCCCAACAUCUUCAUUGUCAAAGCUGUUGUCUGGAUGCACAUGGACUACCAAAGUUGUUCUUGGUGAUUUUCAUAAUUUAGAUCUCUGCGUCUUAUCAAACUCAAGAGAGUAAACCUAAUGGAGUUUUGUUGUACAUAUGAUUGCGUUCUUUUCAAAUGUGGUGUUUUAUAAGUUUGUGUUUAGCUGUUGAAUUGACACAGAGAGGAUUCCCAAAAACUAUACACUGUAAAAAAAAAAAACAUCCAACUUAGGUUUUUGUCAGUAAUGUCAAUGAGUGGAUCAUAAGAAUUAGUUUUUUUUUCCCCAGCAUUUAGUUUGAUUGCGUGAAGCAAAAUUGAGGUACUACAGAAAGGGUAAGGCUAUCUUUACAGAUUUGAGACACUUUGGCUUAAAUCUCAGUAAUAUGUGACUCUGCUCCAUCAUAUGGCACACAGGUCUUCUUGACGACAUUCUUCACUGUUGUACCCAUCUGUUGUCUGCAGGCCGCACACUUGUGCCAGAACUGUUGUAAGGGUAUAUUCACACAUGGCAGAUUCAGAAUGACUUGUAUGAAAGUCAUUUUCAGUUGCAGUAAUGUCAGCCACAUAUCUACCAUGCAUGAAUAGUAUGAAGGGUCAGCAUCAUAGAAAUUCAUGCACUUUCUGUUGCUACACUGCUAAGCAUCUUGUGGUCAUCAUCUCAGUGUUAGGCUGCUGCACAUAACACACAGAUCGGUAGUAAUUUAAUAGGAUAUGCAUGAAUGUUC